AUGAAGUCGUCCACUGAGCAUUAUAUUCUUCAUUCUGUAUGUGCUUUAUCGUUUUUUACUAUUCUGGUUAUGUACAGCUAUUUACCCAUUUUCCUUUCCCGUGUGUCACUAGUACGCACUACUUUGGAAGAAGAAUUGAAAUCGUUUUCUGAGUUGGAGAGAACGGGUUGGAAACAAUUGAAUAAUCUCAAACCGAAAUAUCGAAAACAACGUCAAAUUAUUUAUAAUUACUGCCAAUGCACUCAUUUCAAUGUCUGCCCAUCAGGAUCUCCGGGACGUCCUGGAUCACCCGGUUUAAAUGGAGAGAAUGGCAUUCCUGGAACACCAGGGAAUCAAGGUCUGCCAGGAAUACUGCCACAAGUUUUAUAUCAAAGAGUGGACGGAUGCCGUAUUUGUCCUUUCGGUAAAAAAGGAGAGCCUGGAGAACCUGGAUCACCCGGAUUGAUAGGACUGCCUGGAUUGGAUGGGUUGAAUGGCACCCCUGGCCUGGAUGGAACUCCUGGCUCUCCCGGCGAACUCGGAAUUGCGGGAGAGAAUGGUCUGGAUGGCGUAGAAGGACCCACUGGUCUUCCUGGCCAAAACGGAAUAAUGGGCAUCAAAGGAAUUAUGGGUGAAAAAGGAGAUUUCGGAGCACCAGGUUUUCCUGGUGAACCCGGUAUUCCUGGAAUACCUGGCGUUCCUGGAGCGGACGGAGAUGUUGGAGACGUUGGCUGGCCUGGUAUCCCUGGAGAAAGAGGACUGCCAGGAUUGCCUGGUUUAUCUGGAGAAGAAGGCUUACCUGGUGGAGAUGCUGAAUACUGCCCUUGUCCAUCUCGUAAUCGUGGAAAUCCAUUCGAUUAA